GAAUAUACAUGUUCCAAAAACAUGGGAUGGUGCGUGUUGGGGGCAGAAGUAGCAGCGAGGUCCUGAAGCAAUUUACCUUGAGGGAGCUGAGGAAGAAGUGUGAAUUCCGAUACAACUUGCCGAUGCAUCUCCGCAGAGCCUAUGUGAAUAUAACCAGUGAGAUGAAACGGGCUGAGCAGGAGCUCCAUGAAGGAGCAAAGCACUUGGAGUGCACAACAUACGGAGUUCUGCAUGAGCGUCACUUGGAAGCAUGCAUUGCGCCCCAGCACUGGGACAGUCUGAUGAAUGGUCUGGAUGAUGAGGAGUUUUACUACAGUGCUUCACAACACUCAAUGAUUCUGGAGUGGCUGGGCCUUGGUGUAACUGUCUUCACCCAGAAUGCUGCAGAGAAUAUAGGGGCUGAGAAUUCAGGUGGUCAGCAGGAGAGAGAGGAGAAGUGGGAAGGUGAAGCAGAAGAGGAGCUUUUGGAGAUCCCAGAGGAGGCUGACUUGAUUCAAGCUGACAGAGUGAUUGAGGAUGAAGAGGCAGCAAAGACUCAGGGAAGGAAGGAGGAAGAGCACAGAACUGCUAAUGAACUAGCCAGCAUGCUGUUGGCUAUGAAGCUGGAAGACGAGGAAGAAGGAUCAGCCCAACCACAACAGAAGACUAUGCAGUGGAAGGUGACUGCUGCCCAGAGGAAGAAAAUGAAACAGAAGAUGAAGGUUGAGCUCCGUAAACUGAGUGCAAUGACAGAGUUAGAGGCCAAGGCUGUUCAGGAUCUGUGGCAACUUGACCUGAGCUCCCGCUGGAGGCUUUACAGGCUUUGGCUGCAGACCUAUCAGGGGUUUAUUCGACGGAGGAUUCUGCAGCAUGAACAGCAGUAUCAGGCAGCAGCAGAGAGGCUGACAGAACUGAGGCUGCAGGAAGAUCUCUGCAUUCUCAAGGAGGCCCAGGUUGUGGGGAUGACAACUACAGGUGCUGCCAAAUACCGUCAGAUCUUGCAAAAAGUAGAGCCACGAAUUGUCAUGGUAGAAGAGGCAGCAGAGGUGCUUGAGGCUCACACCAUUACUACUCUGAGUAAAGCCUGCCAGCAUCUCAUCCUCAUUGGAGAUCACCAGCAGCUGCGGCCUAGUGCAAAUGUAUAUGACCUGGCCAAGAACUUCAAUCUCGAAGUCUCUCUCUUUGAACGGCUGGUGAAAGUCAAUUUCCCCUUUGUCUGCCUGACAUACCAACACCGCAUGCGUCCUGAAAUUGCCCAGCUUCUCAGUCCUCAUAUAUACCAGAAGCUGGAGAACCAUCCCUCUGUCCUGAAGUAUGAGAACAUAAAAGGGGUCUUAUCUAACCUAUUCUUUGUGGAACAUGACUUUCCUGAGCAAGAGAUCCAGGAAGGGAAAAGCCACCAGAACCCACAUGAGGCCCAGUUUGUCGUGGAACUGUGCAAGUACUUCUUGUGUCAGGAUUAUUUACCUUCUCAGAUCACCAUUCUCACUACUUAUACUGGACAGCUUUUCUGUCUGCGUAAGCUCAUGCCAGCCAAGACCUUUGCAGGUGUGAAGGUUCAUGUAGUAGAUAAGUACCAGGGGGAGGAGAAUGAUAUUAUUCUGCUGUCACUCGUGCGGAGCAACAAAGAGGAGAGAACUGGGUUCUUACAGAUACCUAAUCGGAUAUGCGUAGCAUUAUCCAGAGCCAAGAAAGGUCUAUAUUGUAUUGGAAAUAUGAGAAUGCUUGGCAAGGUUCCUCUCUGGAGCAAGAUCAUUCACACCCUUCGGGAGAAAGGUCACAUUGGCCGCUCAUUGGUGCUUUGCUGUCAAAACCACCCUGAAACCAAAACACUGGUAUCUACAGCAGCUGACUUCAGCAAAGUCCCAGAAGGAGGCUGCAGUCGUCCCUGUGAAUUUAGGUUGAGUUGUGGACAUGUUUGCACAAGGGCCUGUCACCCCUAUGACGUACAGCACAAAGAGUAUCAGUGUCUGAAGCCUUGUCAAAAGGUGCUUUGUGCAGAUGGGCACCGCUGUCCACGGUCAUGUUAUGAGCCCUGUGGACCAUGCAUGGUGAUAGUAGAGAAAACUAUUUCUAAGUGUGGCCACUUGCAGAUGGUUCCAUGUUCUACUCCAGACAGUGAGUUUCUUUGCCAAGAACCUUGCCAGAAAAAGUUGAACUGUGGGCACACAUGCAACAAAUUCUGUGGGCAGGAAUUUGAAGGAAGAUUUCAUAAGCCAUGUAACAGCCCGUGCAAGCGCUUCUUGGUCUGCUCCCACAAGUGUCAGCAGCCUUGCACUACAGAAUGCCCUCCCUGUCAGCUGGAAUGUCAGAACCACUGUAUCCAUAGUAGGUGUAAAAAGAAAUGUGGAGAGCGCUGUUUUCCAUGUGCCGAGCCAUGUGAGUGGCGGUGCCGCCACUACCAGUGUACUAAUCUUUGCUCUGAACCCUGCAACAGGCCUCGCUGCAAUGUACCAUGUGCUAAGCUACUGUGCUGUGGUCAUCCUUGUAUUGGAUUGUGUGGAGAGCCCUGCCCGAAGAAGUGCCUUGUUUGCGACCAUGAGGAACUCACCCAGAUCUUUUUUGGCUUUGAGGAGGACCCAGAUGCUCGAUUUGUGCAGCUUGAAGACUGUGGCCACAUUUUUGAGUCCCAAGGCCUUGACCAUUAUAUGGAUGAAGAUGAUGGUGUUAUCAAGCUGAAGGUAUGCCCUAUCUGUCAGACACCUAUCAGAAAGAAUUUGAGAUAUGGCACCAUAGUGAAAAGGCAGCUAGAUGAGAUAGAAAAGGUGAAAGAGAAAAUCCAAGGCCCAGCACAGGAAAUUGAGUCUAGCAGACAAAGACUGCAGGCUGCGCUGACAGGGAACAGUGUCCUGCAGAGGAAUGUACCCCUUAAGUACCUAAUGCUAGAGGAUAAACUAAAAGCUGCUGAUCUCUCCACGAAGACUAUUGGACUAAUUGAGAAUGAGCUUAACUUCUACCAACGUGUAGCGGACCUAACCAAUUCCAUGAGCAAAAUUGAUGCGAGUGAGAGGAAAGGGCUGCGGAAGCGCCUGGAUGAAAUCCAGGAGUGGUUGGAAAAGCCGCGCCUCAGUUUCACAGGCCAGGAGCUCUCUGACCUGCAGUCUGAGAUCCAGCGACUGACCUAUUUGCUGAGCCUCUUGGCAAGGUGCAAAGGUGCAAGUGGGAUGAUCACCCCAGCGCUUGCAGCAGAGAUCACCAGUGUCCGUGAGAUCCUAGAAGGGACAAAGAAAUUCACAGAGGAGGAUGAGGCUGCAGUGAAGGCUAGCCUGGAGAGGCUCUGCCAUGCCUUGCCUGUUUCGGGGCUGGGGAUCUCUGAAGCAGAGAGGGUGCAGAUUGUCAGUGCUAUUGGCUGUCCCCGUGGACACUGGUUCAAGUGCAAAAACGGGCAUAUCUAUGUGAUUGGGGACUGUGGCGGGGCCAUGGAGAGGAGCAAGUGCCCUGAAUGCCAGGCGGUCAUCGGCGGG